GUCCCUUUAUCAGGACUGGCUCGGGACAGUGGUGGGGGCACUGAGGCAGCUUUUCCUUUCCUUUUUUUUUUUUCCUUUUUUGUCUCGGGGAAAUUGGGACUGGGGGUGCACCAGAAGAAGACCUGCGGCCAUUUCUACUCCACUGACAGCUGGACGGCCGGCUUCGGAAGCAUGAUGUAGCCCCCCCAAAAGCAGCUCGGGGGCAAAAGGUUCGGUGGACGCGCAGGUUCCAGGCGAGGAAGGCCGUCGGGACCAUGGUCUCCAAACUGACGCAUCUUCAGGUGGAACUGCUGGGAGCCCUGCUGGAAUCGGGGCUUAGCAAGGAGACCCUGAUCAAGGCUCUGGCGGAGUCCGAACUGCGCCACCACAGGGAGAGCCAGCAGCUCGGGGCGGCCCUCCAAGUGGAGAAGGGGGAGCCUUGCGGCGAGAUCCCGCAUCUUCCCAAUGGAAUGGGGGAGCCCAGGAUGUCGGAGGAAGAGACCUCGGAUGAGGGGGAAGAUUUCACUCCUCCAAUCAUGAAGGAACUGGAAAACCUGAGCCCAGAAGAAGCUGCUCACCAGAAAGCCGUGGUGGAGAGAUUAUUACAGGAGGAUCCCUGGAGGGUGGCAAAGAUGGUGAAGUCCUACCUCCAGCAGCACAACAUCCCUCAACGGGAAGUGGUGGACACAACGGGCUUGAACCAGUCCCACCUCUCCCAGCACCUCAACAAGGGCACCCCCAUGAAGACUCAGAAGAGAGCUGCCCUGUACACCUGGUACGUUCGCAAGCAGCGAGAGGUGGCCCAGCAAUUCACCCACGCCGGCCAGGGCCUCCUGGUGGAGGACCCGAUGGGGGAGGAGAUCCCGGUCAAGAAGGGCCGGAGGAACCGGUUCAAGUGGGGCCCGGCGUCACAGCAGAUCCUCUUCCAAGCCUACGAGAGGCAGAAGAACCCGAGCAAGGAGGAGAGGGAAGCUCUGGUGGAGGAAUGCAACAGGGCAGAGUGCCUUCAGCGUGGCGUCUCUCCAUCCCAGGCCCAGGGGCUGGGCUCCAACCUGGUGACCGAGGUGAGGGUUUACAACUGGUUCGCCAACCGCCGUAAAGAGGAAGCCUUCCGGCACAAGCUUGCUAUGGACAGCUACAACGGCUCCCAGUCCAGCUCCGUGCCGACCUUGGCCUCUCAUGGCUCCUCCUCUCUCCAACCAGCAACUCCUCUGUCCCCAGGCAAAGUCCAUGAGCCCUCUCCUCUCCAUCAGCAGCAGCAGCAGCAGCCGCAAGGUCUCUCCUUCUCGGACCCGGGCAUGAGGUACAGCCAGCAGCCCGUCAGUGAGACCGAUUCCUCCCACAACAGCCAGCACAAUUCCAUCACAACCACCCAGACCAUCCUGCACCAAGCUUCCUCUCCGAGCCUCUGCUCCACCAGCUCAGGACCAGACACCAAGCUGAUCUCUGCUCCAGGGGGUUCGCUUCCCCCCGUCAGUACCCUGACAGCGCUGCACAGCCUGGAUCCCAACUCGCACGCCCUGAGCCAUCAAACGCAGAACCUCAUCAUGGCCUCCCUCCCGGGGGUCAUGGCCAUUGGCCCUGGAGACACACCUUCGCUUGCGCCAACGUUCACCAACACGGGGGCCUCCACCUUAGUCAUUGGUCUGGCUUCCACCCAAGCUCAGAGCGUCCCCAUGAUCAACAACAUGGGCAGCAGCCUCACCACCCUCCAGCCGGUCCAGUUCUCCCAGCAGCUGCACCCGUCCUACCAGCAGCCCAUCAUGCAGCAGGUCCAGGGCCACCUUAACCAGAGCCCCUUCAUGGCCACCAUGGCCCAGAUCCAGGCGCCUCACGGUCUCUACAGCCACAAGCCAGAGGCGACCCAAUAUGCGCACACCAGCCUUCUCCCCCAGACCAUGGUGAUCACAGACACGGCGAACCUCAGUACCUUGGCCAGCCUGACACCAACCAAACAGAUCUUCACCUCAGAGGCAGAGACUCCCACGGACUCCGGGAUCCCAACGCCGACCAGCCAGCCUUCGGUCCACUUGCAGGGCCAGGAAGGCUCCAUCCAGUCGCACCUUCAGUCAGGACCCCGCCUCACCUCCAGCCCCGCCGUCUCCUCCGGCAGUUUGGUCCUUUACCAGAGCUCCGACUCCUCCAACGGCCACUUGCUGCCCUCUGCCCACGGUGUGAUAGAGACCUUCAUCUCCACCCACAUGGCUUCCUCCACGCAAUAACCCGGCCGGCCACUGGACAUUCGGCAGCCCUUGCCUGCAGCCCGUGGGGCCUUCUCCUGCACCCCAUCCCUGCUCCUGGGCGGGAAGGCCAGGCGGUGCCCCUGGCUGCCUCCUCUGCCAGGAUUUGUGUGGCUUUUCCCCCUUCUCCCACACGCUGCAAUUUCAAAACUCCAAGGAAAAGAUGCCCCAAGCAAGCAGGGGGCAGAGACGGAGCUUUUGCACUGCUGAGAAGACAGGAAGGGUUUGUAGUGGACGAGGUUCUUUGAUCUGGGGCUGGCUGGCUGCCAGAGUAGAACAGUGAGGUGCCUCCUGCUCGUCAGGUGGGAUCCCAGAGCAAGACUCGGAAGAAGGACAAAGCAGAGUUGGAACAGGGAACAAAGAAAGGGACCACGCAUCCUCUAGGACAGGCCCACACCUGGGGCACUGAGCCGUGGGAGAACUUGGACUCAACUUGGCUCUGGUUGCAGAGAUGCUCCUGGCAGGUUCUCAGCCCACAAGCGGCCCCGCAGGCUGAGCCCCAGGCGGAAACUGCAAGGAGAGCAACUCCAAAGGUCUGAACCGGGCAGCUGAUACUUCUUGGACCUUCUACAUGCUUGUGCAAUUGUGCAAGGCACCAGGAAUCUGCGCUGGCAGCAAUCAAGUGUAACCGAGGCAUUCUACAUCAUCAACAGAAUACUCUUUCAAAUUUAAAUUAAAAGACACGCUCAUAAUAGAGUUAAGAGCCUAAGUAAAACAUGGAAACAUGUAAGUCUCGCCUCCCAUUUUAGAAAUAAGCAAACCAAAUAGCUUGUCCUCCUGAUGUUUGUAAAAAUAGCAAUAAAUCCCCAAAGAGGAUGAGCAUCAUUUCUAUAAAUUGCUUAAAAA